ACCACCACUAACCAGUAAUCGUAACAGCUUUUAGCGUGACGCACGCACGUUCCUACCGAACGGUUCAAGUUAGUGUCGAAAACUUAACUGGCAACAAAUAGUGCACAGUAGGAGAAACAAUACAAUGGCAAGCUACAUCAAAUACCUACUGAUAAUGCAGCUGAUGUUUGCCGCAGCGACUCUGGUGGCCAGCGAAGGAGCGCUACCGCAGCCUCGAGCGCCCAACUUCCAGUACUUCGAAAGACCAAACUACCGCUAUCCGUACUACGACGAGAACGGCAAAGGCAAGUUGCUGUACGGAUACGGCGGACCCGAGCUCUUCCAAUACAAGUCCUACUCGCCUCUUGAGGGAAUCCACUAGGGGUUGUUAAAACAAUUAGCAAGUAACAGUUGUUAAUUUUGGGUAGGUAGAUUAUGCAAUUGCGUACCUAAUUUAUGUUUUCUUAUAACCCCAACUUUGUUUACGUUGGUAUAAUAAUCUAAGGGUGUAAUAUGAAAACGUUAAUUUUGAGCGCCUUUGUUUUAAAAAGUUGAUCACACCAGGUAAAACUAAUUAAUUAAUUGCAUAUUAUUUUAAUUUAUACAAUUUUUCAUUUUUUAAUAAGAGGUUUAGGAAAUGAACAGUGACAUUCAUAUUUUAUGUUGUACUGUGAAAUAGCCCAAAGAUACAGGGUGACUGAACAAUAUUGUAUAUUCUAGUGAUUU